AUGGGUGAUUCUAUAGCAGAGUCUGUUGGUCAAGCCACAGACAUGGGUUGCAAAGAUGCUCAGAUGGAGCUUGCCGAGAGAGUAGCUGCCAUCACUGUAACAGCUAGUCCCAAUGGAAUUAAACCAAAUAGUCAGGAAGCAAUAGAAGAAACUGUUGUUCUGUUAUCUAAUUGCACAGCUGAAAACAACCAAAGGAAUGGGGUCAGUGUUGAUUCAGGAACCUCUGAAGAACUGGAUGACACCAAUGAGCUACAUGAGCCAAAGAAGGUCCCCAAAAGGCCCAUUUUGACUGGCAGGAAGUAUUCCCUUCAAGAAAAGAGUACUGGGAAUUACUUGAGUUCCUCUGAUCUUCCAGACUUUGGUCCAUAUGCCACGGGACCCUCCACACAUAUUUCACCACGAACAGGGAGGAGGCCAACAAUAGAGUCCCACCGAGUCUCUAUCUCGGAUGCUGCGGAUUGUGUGCAGCUGAAUCAAUACAAACUGAAAAGUGAAAUAGGAAAGGGUUCUUAUGGAGUUGUGAAGCUGGCAUACAAUGAAAAUGAUGAUCAAUAUUAU